AUGUCUCAGCAGGCGGUUUCACUCUGCCCUGCUCGUGUUUACCACAUGCUGCCCUUGAAAUUGUCACCCUCAGAGUCACAUCAUCCCUUUGAGACCUUCGAUUUAUACCCUUCUUCUCCUCUACCAUUAUCCUCCACUUCGCUAGUUCUUUCACCUCCCAUAAGAAUGUCCUCUCCCUCCCACCGACCACCAAGCCGUUCCGAGUUUCUUUUACGAGAAACACUUCUCAAGGACGAGCUUCAAAGAGACCGAGAAAGAGAAAGCGAACCUACUCAAUCCCAUCACGAGGAUCCUCGAGAAUGCUUCCCCCCAAACAAAUCUCUACCUCGAAGAGCCUGCCUUCACCGAUCCGUUACGGAGGGUACUGGCACCCUCCCACGAGCGACAUCCCUAUCGCCUACUAGACGUCACCACCACCACCGUUCACUCCCACAUCCAAAUCCACAUUUCGACUCUCCUUACGAUCAAAUCUUACGUGCGAGGCUAGACAAAGUUAUAACUUGCGCCGCCACUUCUCAAUCUGAUUCUCAUUCGGGUACCAAAUGCGGAUCACUCGUCAACUGCGGGUGUGGGUCCCAUUCAUCUCCGCGGGCGUCCUCAUGUAAACAGCAUGGAGGAAAACGUGCUUCUUUACCUGCUACACCUCAUGGAGGAGGAGGGGGUUGGUUCGGUUGGUUUUGGCGGGAAGAUGCUGAUGGCGAGGGAACUCUCGGCGGGGACUUUCACUCUGAGCUGGGCAGGGGUAGAUUCAGUCAAUGUGAACAAGAUUGGCAGAAAAGGUACGAGCGUGGCACCUCAUGCUCAGGUUUCUCGGGACUUUUUACACCGGAAGAUUGUGCACCUGGCAGCGGGGGCGCCGUUAGCGAUGAUUCUCAGCCUACGUCCAACGUGAUUCAGAAGAGGGCACGAUCAAAUACCGAACCUACUGCUCUUUCCCAUCGCCUCAAAGUAUCAUCGUCAUCAAAGUCGUCAGAAUCAUCAGCCAGGUCCUCGCCUUUUUCCACGUUCUCUCACCCAGCUCCCUCCGCACUGAAGACGUGGGUUAUCCCUCUAGAAACGGUCUACAGCGGCGAAGACACUGGGGCAGAGGCUCCGACUGCAGGUCAGGCACGAGAUGAAGGAAAGGGAGAUGGAGAUGGAAUAUUAACUCCUCCCCCUACACCUCCCACCCUCGACUUCGGGCCGUCAAAAGGGAAAGAACCAGAACAAAAUCGAGGAAUGGAAUUCCGAAUUGGUCAUCGAAGGACGAUGUCAGAGGUUCCUCUCACACACUCGCAGUUACAAUCCUACCCUCAUCCUUCCACCCUGACGCGUGGUUUACCAUCGUCACACCGAACGUCCACGACAGCAACAGCGAUGACAUCGUCGUUAUCGUUAUCCCUCAAAUCGAGGCCCAGAGCGUUAUCAGCUCGAGUUUCUUCUUCGUCUGAUAGUAGCGAUGGCAGUGGGAGUGGAAGUGAUCCGGCUUCACCGACUUCGUGUCAUUCAUUACCUUUACCUCCGUCUUCCUCAUCACCUCCUCUUGACCCGAGGAAAUUUAACGUGCGACAUGCGUCUGCGCAGUGUAGGCAGCUUGAGGGCUAUGUUUCGUUUAUGGCUAUUGAGGGGUUGGGUGAACCUGAGGGUCGCGAGGUCGAUGGAGGAGUGGUGGGGUUGGAAGAAUCACUUUCGGCUGGGAAGAGCCGUGGGAGGAGGUGGUUGUUAUUCUGA